UGCCGAUGGUAUUAUAUUUGCGUGUUGACUGCACGUUAGAUCGAUUUACAUUGCUUUGCGGAGCAGAUUGUUUUGCAUUCGAUGUAACUCCUAGACACAUGAGCCCUUUAAACUUGUAUAAGUGCCCCACCUUGAUCACAGUCUCGCGAUGUUUGAUACAAUGUUUUAAAAUGGCUACAUUGUAGCUGGGUUAAUGUUGCGAACGUCAUCUUGUGACAAUAUCGAACAUUCCUCUGGAGCUGGCGAGUAUAUGGCAGGCUGCUGCUCGAAUUGAAUUGCUGAUAGAACCUUCAGAUAAAGUUGUUUUCUCUGGAGUCUGGUGUUGCAUCUUCCCCAUGUGAGGCCUUGUCUUACUAUGAGCCCCGGCCCAGUCCUGGCACAAACAUGUUUCUCAGAACGGAGCCAGAAAAGGGUGUGGUAGCCACCACCCAAUCACUGGAGGGGAAAGUGUAUAAAUGUUGUACAAAUGACUGCAAACAGUCUUUCUCCAGCAUGCAUCAUCUAAUGAAUCAUAUGAAAGUACAUCACAAACCUAAUCGAUACUUCAAAUGUGAAGCAUGCAAACUCCGUUUUCGAACACAUCGAUCUCUAUUCAAGCAUAUGCAUAUAUGUUUUAACACUGCAACAAAUGCUCUUCCUCAAAAAGUAGAGAAACAGUCUCCCAGCCCUUUGCCUGCCAAUGAAUCAGACACUCUGGUUAAACAGCCAGUCCCUGUGGAGCCAGUGAAAUUUCAAAGUGUUAUCAAGCAGCUUGAAAAGGAUAGCAAUGUCGCAAACAUGGACACCAUCAGCAAGGCAUCAAAUUCAAGGUCACUCAUGCCACAUGCAAGUACCCUACCAACUCUUCACUCAUCACUAAGUUCAAUGCCAUUGGUAUCUGCAACCCCACAUUCAUUUUCACUAUUGGAACCAUCCCUGUUCGCCACACCCAGCCUGAGUAGGUUUCCUAGCCAAGCGCACACUCCAGUACCUGGGCCCUUCAUUCCAUAUGUGCACCCUGCACCUUACAGCCUCUCCCAAGGUCCCACACCGACACGCCUUCGGUCUUACAUUCCCUCUGAAAGUCUACCAUUCUCCAAUGCGGUCUGGAGAAAGAGUGCAGCUCAAUCUGCAAACAGCCGAAUUGUGUGGGAACAUACCAGGGGUCGAUAUAAUUGCAUGCAGUGUCCAUUCUCGAGUCUAUCACGGGAGGAAAUGACCUUGCACUUGCAAGAGCACAACAAAAUCCUCAGCAGCAGGUUACCGAAUGAGAUGGGCGUGUUUGUGAAUGCUGGUGACAACUAUGGCGCUCUGCCAAUGCAAUUCAGCGAAUCUCUGUUUACCUAAAUUUACAGGGACUGAGGCCUGUGUUCAGAAAGGCAGUCACCAGGAUUAUAAUGCUUUUACACCGAUGAAAAUUCAGCAAUAUAUAUUGUGAUUGUUGGUGAAUUUGGGUCCAGUGAAUUUUUGUUCUGUAAGGAGUUGACACAAAAUUAUAAAGACCAGCUUGCACCAAAAGAGGCAGCCAUCUGUGUGUGCCAUUAAGAUGCAGUGUGAAGUGGCACUCUGUAUUUCUGGAGGCGAUAGUGCAUUUCAUUUUUGUUUCAUAUGAUUUUUCUUCCCCUCUCAAGUCAUUGACACCUUAUCGACCUACAAUUCCAUGGGUUUCAAAUGCCCUUUGCAACAUCUUUCCCCAAUCCUGCUGUGCAUGGUAAAAUAAGGACCCCAAUUUGAUCACCAAGGCUCAGUCAGUGUCACUUAACUUCCACGCAUCUAUAUACCAACUGACGUGACUGGAUAGUCUUCAACUUUCCUCUUUAAUCCCCGAUCUCUUAAGGACAAUUGCAGCACAUCUACCUUGGCAAAGUCUAAGGAUCAGACGUGGGAUUUUCCUUGUUUGGAUUGUUCAAUUGUCCUGGCUUAACCAGGUAAGCCACGAAAGAAACCUUGAGACAGGAUUUUACACGCUAACAUUUGUGGCUGCUCUUGUAGUAUGAAGAGUCCCAGCAGAUUUGACCUGAUAGUUCUUUUUAUUGCUGAGUUUAUUCAUUUUUGGGUUAAGGACACAAGGGUUUAAAGGAUAUCCAGGAUGAUACUGCAUUUUUUUUCAUUUAGUUAAUCAAAAGCUUUAUUUUUUUUCAAUUUGUUUUUGUAGAAAGCAAUAUAUCUUUAGCCUUUUUUGGCAACCUUUAGCUUUCUAUACAAAUGUAAUUGAGGCACAAUUUGUUUGCUCUUGGCCUGGCAAUACAAUAUUAUAUCAUGUCGAAAAACCCCAUGGGUAUCUCCUAUUUAUCAUAUAUUGGAGCACUGUCAGAUAUACUCUAGCACGCAAGUUUUGACAUUUUGGGAUAUCAUUAAACUUUUCCAUUUUAGGAAUUGCAUUUUCGAACAGUUGCCUCGCUGUUGUUCCACAUUUCACUCAUACUCCAAGAUACCACCCUUGGGCGACUGUCUGUCUGUGUGGAGUUUGCACAUUCUCCCCGUGUCUGGGUGGGUUUCCUCCAGGUGCUCCGGUUUCCUCCCACAGCCCAAAGAUGUGCAGGUCAAGUGGAUUGGCCAUUUUAAAUUCCCCCACAGGGAUAUGUAGGCUAGGUGGGUUAACCAUGGCACAUACAGGGAUAGGAUGGGUGGGGGUGUGUGGUUGGGUCUUGAUGGGGUGCUCUUCUGAGGGCUGGUGUGGACUCAAUGGGCCGAAUGCCCUGCUUCCACACUAUGAUGACCCCCAUUCCACUUUUGCUGUAUUGCUGUUUCAAUAAAUGCUUAACACUUUGAAACCUCUCCUGGAAAAAUUGCAUAUGCCCAAGACAAAAAUUCCAUUGCACUUGGGUGUGGACUUGCAACUUUCCACCUUUUGGAAUGGGGGCACGGUUUCCUUCGGAUGUUCAGAACAACUGAUGUAAUUAUAUCUAACACAAUAAAUUUUCCCUCUAGCUGCAUCCUACAUCUCUGUGGUGCUUGUGUAGCCUUUCUGAACACUGGAACUUUAGCAUUAUGCUGUGGGUUAAUGGGUACAAAGGAGAAUGUUUGUUUUUGUAAUUCCACUCAAGUGUAGGUGGGACAGGAUUUCCUGAGUUGCUGUAUUCUAAGACACUGGUGGACAUUACACUUCUUAUUAAUGAAAUCAAGCUUCUUGAAUUCCGUAUCUGUUGUAUGGCCCAUUCAGAGAUCAAAAAAUGUCUCUUGGCCGUGUGUAUCCAGCUCACUUGAGAUUGUGGUAAUAAAUUAGUUUUCUUACAUGAGUUGCUACAAAAGAAUGAGCCUGCAUGCAAGCCCAAAAAUGUGAAUUGUGUAGUAAUUCUUUAAUAGUCUGUCCAGCUUGCACCAAAAGGGUCAGCUGGUGUGAAUAUUUCUUGAGUUUCAUCAUCAAGGUGAGGAUGCAUUUUUGUUUAACCAAGGGCAUCUUCAGUUUGUGUUUGGGUCAUAAUGUCAGGAUUUUAUUUCAUUCACUGUCUGAGAAGUGAUCUGUGCCCCAUUUAGAAGCAUUUGCUUCUCAAGAAACCUGGUGAUUAUUUAUAUAGUGGCAGAAUGCUGUGCCAACCUGGACUUAAAUAUUUCAAACUGACAGCAGAAUAUUCCCCAUAGUUCCGCAACCAGUUUUCAUCUUGGGAAGAAAGAAGCUAUUUCAACAUAUCAAUACGCUGGCACUAUUAGGGACCCUGCUGGCUGGUCUGUGCUGACCAGGAGUCAGCUAUAUUAUCUUCUGUUUACUGCCCAAUGCAUUGUUCCAGGCAUAUUCUUUUAGAUGCACAUGGAAUCCCUCUGCAUUCUCCUUAGGUUUCAGGAGCCUUCAAAGAUAGUUUGUCAGAGAACAGCGUUGUUUAAUUGUUUGCAGCAACAGGCAAUUUUUUUUUGAGUACUUGGAGGAUUAAAGGAUAGAUGCAAUUCCUCAUGUCAAUUUUAGGUGCCAGUUUUAAAAUGACCAAAAGCAGGAAUUUUAUUUCCUUUCCUUGUGUCAUAGCAACAUUUAAAUUUCUAAAUGUCACCAACUGAGAUGAUAUCACCAGUUCCACUUUCUAGAAAGGUAAAGUUGCCCUAGUCCGAUAACGCUGCUUUAUCAUUAGAGAGAUGACUGGUGUUGGUUUAACCUCAGGGUCACCGUGUGUCAGGCAAGGCGAGAAGGUGCAUCUUUCAUGGCUAAUCUCAGCCAAUGCGGGAAUUGAACCCACUUUAUCGGUAUUGCUUUGCAUCACAAACUAUCCAGCCAAUUAAACUUAACUGACCCCCUAACAUAUGGCUGCCAUGGAAAUCCGACCAGAUCUAUUAAUGUUUUUUGUUCAAAGGGGAAGUCAUUGCACUGGGGUUAGUAUUGGUGAUUGUGUACAGCAGAGAUUUUCUGCAUUGUAUAUUAAAGCAUUUGUUUUUAAGUAUUUUCCUGUUUUCAUUUGGUUUGUUAUCGAUUGUAAUCUGCAGAUAUAUUCCCAUACACAGUGGACUGGGGAUUUAAUCUAAUUUUCAUUGGGAACACAAUGCCUUAGCUCAUCAUUUAUGGUCAGAUUCCUCCUACUGUGGGCAUUGAAAGGGUACGUUGGAUACUUGAUUUCCUUCUUUCAGACUUGAAGACCAUGUUUGGGUUUAAUUACGCUCGUUGUUUUGCUUUUAUUGUAUCCUGUACAGUAAUUGAAAAUCUUAAAUAAAAAAAAAUUUGAAAUAAAUGUCAUUGAUCAGUA